AAGAUGGCUGAGCGGCGCGCGGAGUGGGCGGGGGGGCGGUGGGGGCUAGGGGGCGGUGGGACGCUGACCCCGCCCCCUACUGCUGCCAGUCUGCGCCCGGCGGUGGCGGCUGCAGCAGCGGAGCCCGAAACAUGGCGGCGGUGGCUCGCAGCUUCGGGCCGGAGCGAGAGGCCGAGCCGGUCAAGGAGGCGCGCGUUGUGGGCUCUGAGCUCGUGGACACGUAUACGGUUUAUAUCAUCCAGGUCACUGACGGCAGCCACGAAUGGACAGUCAAGCACCGCUACAGCGAUUUCUACGAUCUACACGAAAAGCUGGUUGCAGAAAAGAAAAUUGAUAAAAAUCUGCUUCCGCCUAAAAAGAUCAUUGGGAAAAACUCGAGAAGCUUGGUGGAAAAGAGGGAGAAGGAUCUGGAGGUCUACCUGCAGACACUCCUGGCCGCCUUCCCUGGCGUGGCCCCCAGCGUGCUGGCCCACUUCUUACAUUUUCAUCUCUACGAGAUAAAUGGCAUCACCGCAGCACUGGCUGAGGAGCUCUUUGAAAAAGGUGAACAGCUCCUGGGGGCUGGUGAGGUCUUUGCCAUCGGGCCCCUGCAGCUCUAUGCGGUCACCGAGCAGCUGCAGCAGGGAAAGCCCACCUGUGCCAGUGGGGACGCCAAGACUGACCUCGGGCACAUCCUGGACUUCACCUGUCGCCUUAAGUACCUGAAGGUUUCCGGCACAGAAGGACCGUUUGGGACCAGCAACAUUCAGGAGCAACUCCUGCCUUUUGAUCUGUCAAUAUUCAAGUCUCUUCACCAGGUGGAGAUAAGUCACUGUGGUGCCAGGCGCAUCCGGGGACUCGUGGCAUCGAAGCCCACCUUAGCCACAAUGAGCGUCCGCUUCUCUGCCACCUCUAUGAAGGAAGUCCUUGUUCCCGAAGCCUCGGAAUUUGACGAGUGGGAGCCAGAAGGCACAGCCCUGGAAGGCCCUGUGACUGCCGUCAUCCCCACGUGGCAGGCCUUGACCACUCUAGACCUGAGCCACAACAGCAUCUCAGAGAUCGACGAGUCUGUGAAACUGAUCCCAAAGAUUGAGUUCCUGGACCUGAGUCACAAUGGAGUGCUGGUUGUGGACAACCUGCAGCACCUCUACAACCUCGUGCACCUGGACCUGUCCUACAACAAGCUCUCCUCCUUGGAAGGGGUGCACACCAAACUGGGGAACAUCAAGACCCUCAACCUGGCGGGCAACCUCCUGGAAAGCCUGAGUGGCUUACACAAGCUCUAUUCCCUGGUCAGCCUGGACCUCCGCGACAAUAGGAUCGAGCAGCUGGAGGAGGUCAGGAGCAUCGGCAGCCUCCCGUGUCUGGAGCACGUGGCCCUGCUCAGCAACCCGCUGAGCAUCCUCCCUGACUACCGGACCAAGGUGCUGGCCCAGUUCGGAGAGCGGGCCUCCGAGGUCUGUCUGGACAAUACUGCGACCACAGAGAAGGAGCUGGACACUGUGGAAGUGCUAAAAGCAAUUCAGAAAGCCAAGGAGGUCAAGUCAAAGCUGAGCAACCCAGAGAAGAAGGUCAUUGAGGAUUCCCGGCUCUCCACUGCCCCUUGCAUCCGACCCAGUGGCUCCCCUCCCAGCGUGGCUCCUGCCACGGCCUCCCUGCCCCAGCCUAUCCUCUCCAACCAAGGUAUCAUGUUCGUGCAGGAGGAGGCCCUGGCCAGCAGCCUCUCAUCCACCGACAGUCUGACUCCCGAGGACCGGCCCAUUGCCCGGGGAUGCUCUGAUUCCUUGGAGUCCAUCCCUUCCGGACAGGCACCUUCUGAUGAUUCACGGGACAUCCCUGGAGCUGUUGGCGGUGUGAGCCCGGAGCACGCGGAGCCUGAGGUCCAGGUGGUGCCGGGGUCCGGCCAGAUCAUCUUCCUGCCCUUCACCUGUAUCGGUUACACGGCCACCAACCAGGACUUCAUCCAGCGCCUGAGCACGCUCAUCCGGCAGGCCAUCGAGCGGCAGCUGCCCGCCUGGAUCGAGGCCGCCAACCAGCGGGAGGAGGGCCAGGGCGAGCAGGGCGAGGAUGACGAGGACGAUGAGGAUGAUGAGGACGCCGCGGAGAACCGCUACUUUGAAAUGGGGCCCCCGGAUGCGGAGGAAGAGGAGGAGGGCGGCCGGGUGGAGGAGGAGGAGGAGGAAGAGGAGGAGGAGGAGGAGGAGGAGGGCGAGGAGGAGCGCCUGGCCCUGGAGUGGGCCCUGGGCGCGGACGAGGACUUCCUGCUGGAGCACAUCCGCAUCCUCAAGGUGUUGUGGUGCUUCCUGAUCCACGUGCAGGACAGCAUCCGCCAGUUCGCCGCCUGCCUCGUGCUCACCGACUUCGGCAUCGCCGUCUUCGAGAUCCCGCACCAGGAGUCGAGGGGCAGCAGCCAGCACAUCCUGUCGGCCCUGCGCUUCGUCUUCUGCUUCCCGCACGGCGACCUCACCGAGUUCGGCUUCCUCAUGCCGGAGCUGUGUCUGGUGCUCAAGGUGCGGCACAGCGAGAACACGCUCUUCAUCAUCUCGGACGCCGCCGGCCUGCACGGGUUCCAUGCCGACCUGCGCUCCUGCUUCGCCCCACAGCACAUGGCCAUGCUGUGCAGCCCCGUGCUCUACGGCAGCCACACCAGCCUGCAGGAGUUCCUCCGCCAGCUGCUCACCUUCUACAAGGUGGCGGGUGGCUGCCAGGAGCGCAGCCAGGGCUGCUUCCCCGUCUACCUGGUCUACAGCGACAAGCGCAUGGUGCAGACGGCCGCUGGCGACUACUCGGGCAACAUCGAGUGGGCCAGCUGCACGCUCUGCUCGGCCGUGCGGCGCUCCUGCUGCGCGCCCUCCGAGGCCGUCAAGUCCGCCGCCAUCCCCUACUGGCUGCUGCUCACGCCCCAGCACCUCAACGUCAUCAAGGCCGACUUCAACCCCAUGCCCAACCGUGGCACCCACAACUGUCGCAACCGCAAUAGCUUCAAGCUCAGCCGCGUGCCGCUGUCCACAGUGCUGCUGGACCCCACGCGCAGCUGCACCCAGCCGCGGGGCGCCUUCGCCGACGGCCACGUGCUGGAGCUGCUCGUGGGCUACCGCUUCGUCACUGCCAUCUUCGUGCUGCCCCAUGAGAAGUUCCAUUUCCUGCGUAUCUACAACCAGCUGCGGGCCUCGCUGCAGGACCUAAAGACUGUGGUCAUUGCCAAGACGCCUGCGACCGGGGCCCGGUCCCAGAGCCCCCUCGUGGAAGGCCAGGCUGCCGAGGACAGGGCCAGCAGUGACCAGCGGCCCCAGGAUGCCCCAGCAGAGGCCCCAGCUCCAGCCCCUGCGGAGGCCCCAGCCUUGGACCCAGCCCCGGGGGAGGGCCCCGCUUCGGCCCUGGAAGAGGCCUUGUGCCCAGCAACGGCCACGGGCCCGGUGGAGCCCUCGCUUCCAGCUCCAGUCCCCGCAGAGGCCUCACGCCCGGAGGAGUCCCCCGAGGAGACCCCGGCGGAGAUCCCAGCCCUGGCCGAGUCCUCGGGGCCAGUGGAGGCUCCCGCUCAGUACCCGAGCGAGCACCUGAUCCGCUCCACGUCGGAGGAGAAUCAGAUCCCGUCGCACCUGCCCGCCUGCCCGUCGCUGCAGCACAUCGCCAGCCUGCAGGGCAGCACCGUCAUCGAGCUCUUCCACAGCAGCAUCGCCGAGGUGGAAAACGAGGAGCUGAGGCACCUCAUGUGGUCCUCAGUGGUGUUCUACCAGACCCCAGGGCUGGAGGUGACCGCCUGCGUGUUGCUGUCCACCAAAGCUGUGUACUUUGUGCUGCACGAUGGCCUCCGCCGCUACUUCUCAGAGCCUUUGCAGGAUUUCUGGCAUCAGAAGAACACGGACUACAACAACAGCCCCUUCCACAUCUCCCAGUGCUUUGUUUUAAAGCUCAGCGACUUGCAGGCAGUCAACGUUGGGCUUUUCGACCAGCAUUUCCGGCUUACGGGCUCCUCCCCGACGCAGGUGGUUACCUGCCUGACCCGGGACAGCUACCUGACACACUGCUUCCUGCAGCACCUCAUGGGCGUGCUGUCCUCACUAGAGCGCACACCUUCGCCUGAGCCCGUCGACAAGGACUUCUACUCCGAGUUUGGGAACAAGACCACAGGGAAGCUGGAAAACUAUGAGCUGAUCCACUCAAGCCGUGUCAAGUUCACCUACCCCAGCGAGGAGGAGAUCGGAGACCUGACAUUCACCGUGGCCCAGAAGAUGGCCGACCCAGAGAAGGCCCCAGGCCUCAGCAUCCUGCUGUAUGUGCAGGCCUUCCAGGUGGGCACGCCGCCCUCUGGGCGCUGCAGGGGCAUGCUGCGCCCCAAGACGCUCGUGCUCACCAGCGCCGAGAUCUUCCUCCUGGAUGAGGACUUUGUGCACUACCCACUGCCUGAGUUCGCCAAAGAGCCACCGCAGAGAGACCGGUACCGGCUGGACGACGGCCGCCGCGUCCGGGACCUGGACCGCGUGCUCAUGGGCUACCAGCCCUACCCGCAGGCCCUAACCCUUGUGUUUGACGACGUGCAGGGCCACGACCUCAUGGGCAACGUCACCCUGGACCACUUCGGCGAGGUGCCGGGGGGUCCUGGCGGAGCUGGCCAGGGCCGCGAGGUCCAGUGGCAGGUGUUCGUGCCCAGCGCUGAGAGCCGCGAGAAGCUCAUCUCGCUGUUGGCUCGCCAGUGGGAGGCACUGUGCGGCCGGGAGCUUCCCGUCGAGCUCACCGGCUAGCCCAGGCCACCAUGGCCAGCCCUUGCCACCCGCUGUGUCCGGCCUGGCGCCCACUCAGAGCGGGAAGCAGGCUUUCUUUAUUCUUUUUAAAGUGUUUCUCCCCUGUUUUGGGUACCCUCGUUGGACCGUCCUUGCAGAGAAUGUCAAUGUCUGCGCUCAGUGAUCUCUUUCCAGUGCUGGGAGUGAAAGUGCCGGCCCCCUCCAGGACCCCCCCAACCCCGUGCCCUCCACCUCCCAUGGCUCUGUUGCCUGUCCCUGGGGUGGUGUGGCCGGUGCACCAGUGUUGUGUUUCCUGUCGUGGGACUGUUAUUCACACGUGGCGCCGUGGGUCUGAUUUAUUCUUCUCUGUCCUUCGCUGAAAUGUCUUGUCUAGUCAUGUGCUGUCCUUGUGGGCGUUUGCUGCUAAUCGUGAGGCUGGUAGCAAAAUGCACAUCAGAAGCUCCCGCCCCGUGCGGAUUUCCAGAGUGGAGCCUCUCCUGGCCCGACCGAGUGGGAGAGCCCCCUGGGGGCAGGAGUCCCCAGGCCUCGGGGCUGAAAGGGGCGGUGGCAGGGGACCUAGAGCUGCCAGCUCCGAGUGUGAUUCUUGUCGCCUGUUUUCUCUAUUCUAAUAAAGCUCAGUUUGACACAGA